AUACAGGUGUGUCUGAUAUCAAGAAGAACCUUUGUGACAUGCUUUUGAGGAGACUUGCAAGGCAAGGAAGGGUAUUUCCCGCACACUUCCGCUAUUGCCUUGGUAAUGGGGACUUGUUUUAUUGGUUUUACCUUCUUCUUCUAGUUCUCCUCCCCAUCCUGCCAGGGGAUGAGGAGUGAGCAAGUGGCCACAUGGCGCUCAGCUGCCGGCUGGGGCUAAACCACAACAAGGGAAAUAUCCAAAUGUCAUCUUUUGGUAUUCCCUUGUCUUCUGUGUGGAUCAUCAGCAAGGUGGAUCCUGGAAUUGCACCACACAAGUUCAGUGUCACAGGUGUGACCAGUGUAGACAAAGCAUCUCCCUUUUCCUGCCCUCACUGCAUUCAUGAGCAGUCAGCACGGGCUGACAGCUGACUUCACUACAGCAGGUCAGUGAUAUCAGCACAGAUGAACACUCAUGUGUACUUAGCACCUCCAAUUUCAGCUGUCUGCAGACAGCCACAUUUGGAGUAAGGUCUUCUUUUAAUGCCAGGCUUCUGACUUUCUCUGGAAUUAGUUUGAAAGGUGAGAGACCUUAUUUCCUUUUGUCCAUGGAGUUCCCAUUUUUCCAUGGAAAGAUAACAAAAAAAACCUGUGAAGAACUGCUGAGCAAGAACAGAAAGAAUGGUAGCUAUUUAAUACGAGAGAGUGAAAGCGUGGAAGGAGCCUUGUGUCUCUGUGUUUUCUUUGAAGAAAUCAUCUACACUUAUCGUAUCUUCAGGGAACACCACGGAUAUUUUAGAAUACAGACUUCUGAAGGUGUUCCCCAGAGGAUAUUUGGAACGUUAAAGGACCUAAUAUACAAUUAUGAAAAGCCAAAUCAAGGACUAAUUACAAACCUUCGCUACCCAGUAAAGAAACCAAAGGCCUCACAAAGAAGCCAGAGGUUCAAGUCAGGAAAGGAUGACGUUUAUGAUGAAGUUUAUGAAAGCGAUUACAUCACUGUCUUACCGUGAACAAUCUGCAACCUGAUGAUUUGGGAAGCUGCCCUUUGGGGCUGUGCCACAGCAGAACGGACCAGCCGGGGAGAGCUGCCAGCUGGGCAUUCUUCACUGUGGAUCUGUACCUCUGGAAUUACAGCACCUUUUGCAGACUAUCAAAGCAGAUAUAUUUUCUCCUGAUAGAUCCAGUAUAAGCUAUAUAUAUUUUUGUUCAGUAAUAAUUAAUUUUUAUAAGACACAUGCAUGCAUAUAUGUGAGAGGGGGAAGGGUAUCUGUAUACACGUAUGUGUAUUUUGGUUUUUUAGUCAGCAAACUGUCCAAGAUAUCUACUGCUAAAAUGAAUAAUCUGUUAGAAAGCAGCAAUAAGUACAAUAAAUGAAUGUGCAUAAAGCAGUAGUUUAUGCCAGAACUGAUGUAUGUUGCUAAAAAGAUACACGAUUGUCAUGGUUUAGCCCCAGAUGACAGCUGAGCACCAUGUGGCCAUUCACUUACUCCUCGUCCCCCGUUGAGAUGGGGAGCAGAAUCAGAAGAACGAGGUAAAACUCAUGGGUUGGGAUAAGGACAGUUUACUGGGACAGCAAAGGAAGAGGACAAUAACAAACAGAAGACUAUACAAAGCAGGUGGUACACAAUGCAAUUUGCUCAUCACCCAGAGCCGGAUGCCUGGCCUGUCCCAGAGCAGCAAUCCCUCCUCCCUGCCAGCUCCUCCCCUUAUAUACUGAGCAUGAGGUCAUAUGGUAUGGAAUACCCCUCUGGCUAGUUUGGGUCAGCUGUCCUGGCUGUCCCCCCUUCCAGCUUCUUGUGAAAAUUAACUCUAUCCCAGCCAAAAAACAGGACAAUGAUAAAAAUUCUAUUGGCAUCAAAUGAAGCUUAAAAACCUCUAAACUCUCUUAUUUUUGUGCAUGAUUCAUGUUACCUCAUCGUUGCGUAAGUGGAUAGUAUUUCAGCUAUGUCAAGGAAUACUAGCAUUAUCCUGCAGUUUGGCAUAAUCUAAAUUAAAACAAAAAGGCUGCAUUAAAUCCAUGUGGGGGAAGAAUUAUGCAACAAAAUUAAAAUGUUUUUAAAUACUUUUAAUAUCAAUGAAUGGUUCUGGCAGAUUACAACAGGAGUGCAAGUUCUACAUGCAUGUUGGUAUGAACAUUUUUUUAAUAGAUUCUGUUCAAAUAAGAAUGCUUACUACAUUUCAUUUGCUACUGUCAUUAGCUCUAUAUUGUAAUGUAUAUGGGUUUUGCUAUCUUUUUAAUGUAAGAAUUUGCUUUAAUCUUACCUCUCAUUUGAAAUAUUAAAUAUACACUUUUGUUCUGAAGGUGGCCUACAACUAGCAGCCUAAGCCAGAACUGGAACAUAUUUCCUGAUUCUCUCAGUCACUAGUACAAAGUCCCUCUCUGUUUGUGAUCUUGAGGAAGACAUUUAUAUUGGUUGUGUAAUUGUUUAAGAUCUUUCACAAAUUAUUUAUGCAUUUUUGUGGGUAAUACUAGUUACAUUUCUGUCUUGUUAUGUUUCUUUCACACUAGUAUUUGUUAAAGGACUUUUAGAUCUUUCAAUGCUUUGGACUUCAUUAUGAAUUUAACAGUGCUAACAGGUUUUGGUGCCAAGUUCAAACGGUAUUUGUAGCAUGAAGGAGACGAAUACAAAUAUUAAAUCUGGCAUUGCCAAAAAUAC